AUGGCCUUGGUGCCCUUGGUAGCCUCCCUGCUGGACCUGAAAAGACAGGCGCCGGAAGGCACCAGCGUUUGGGAGCCCUGGACGGGUCUUGAGAGUGGCAAUCUCAGUGAGGCACUCUCAGUCAAAAUCUCACCAUGGCGUCAUGGCGCGCCACACCCUUUCCGCACCGCCCGCACCCUUUCCGCGGGGCCGGCACAUGCGCAGGCGGCUACACGGGUGGAUGGGGUGGAUAGGCUGGUGGAUGGGGUGGAUGGGCUGGUGGAUGAGGCGUCGCUGAUUCAAACGCCCCUUUCUUGCCUCCAGGUCCUGAGAGUUGCAGAAGGCAUCGGUGCCGAAGCACGGCUUAUCCUCCCCUGCAUGGUGUUGCUUCCCUCUCGAGGACACUACGCCAGAGCCUUAGAGCCUUAG